AGUCAGCUGACACAGCGCCGCGGAGCACGUGACGGCGCAGGCGCAGAUCUUGGGCGACGGGAUCAGCUGACCAACCGGGUAACCGAGCGGAUUUAGGCCGCUGGCCUCGGCUUCGGAGUUCUCUCCACCAUGGCCAGUCAGUCGCAGGGUAUUUAACAGCUGCUGCAGGCCGAGAAGCGGGCCGCCGAGAAGGUGUCCGAGGCCCGCAAGCGAAAGAACCGGAGGCUGAAGCAGGCCAAAGAAGAGGCUCAGGCUGAAAUUGAACAGUACCGCCUACAGAGGGAGAAGGAGUUCAAGGCCAAGGAGCUGGAUAACCUCUUGGCCUUUGUCUGUGAUAUCCGGCCAGAAAUCCAUGAAAACUACCGCGUAAAUGGAUAGAGGAAGAAGAAAGAAGUGCCUGUUCCAUGGAUUGGCACCUCGAUGCCUCCAUGGAAUAUGAAGCUUUAGCAAAGCUUGAGUUAUAUUCUUGUGAAAGGCAUUAAAUUAUUUCUGCUUACUGGAUAGUAGGUCCUUUUACUUUUUGGAGAAUAGCAAAUCUAGCUUCUUUGUAUAAACUUAGAGCUUAUCCAAAGAUUUCAUCUUUUUACCUCAUGUUUCUUAGAAAUUUAAGGGUAUAUGUUUGUUUUCCUAUGCCUUUUAGCUCAAGCAACAUAUGUAUAUCAACACUGACUUUUUCUUUCUUAGAUGUAGUAAAAAAAAAACUUUUUAAGAAAGAAAGGGAUUAAAUGUUUUUUCCCCUAAAGCUUUCUUGAAGGUCAGGGGCGCUAUCUAUGAAAAAGUAGUAAAUAGUUAUUUGUAACCUGUGUAAAGCAGCAGCCAGCCUUAAAAUAGUCCUUUUUGGCUAAGGGUUAGAACAAUGAAUACUAGAAUAAUUUUUUGGGCUGCUUCUAGUAUCUCUUAAUCCAAAUUACUAGAUGAUAGGAUUCAAAAACUUGUUAUUGGUGUACUGAUAAUCACUUAAAAGUAAAUGAUUUUUGUCAUGCAUUUCCCCCCCUCUGGUUCUGGUUCAUCCUUUUUGAUAAUAUAAAGUGUACUUUGACCCAGA